GUCCCAUUGUAGUUGCCUUCUUCGAGGCCUGUAAGUUUGAUGUCUGCCACAUGCCAAAUAUCUCAAUCGGCUGCUCCAGCCUGGAAGCCUACGCCGUGAGGUGUGCAGCAGCUGGAGUCUGUAUCGACUGGAGGAAAUCAACUAAUGGAACAUGUGAUCUGACAUGCCCUAAGACCAAAGUGUUUAAGGCAUGUGGCUCUACUAUCCAGCCAACAUGCAAUUCAAGAUACAAUGACAAAUAUGUGCAUUCAUGUCAAGGAGCACAAAUGACCCGUGACUUUGUAUGUGACUCAUUCAUGGAGGGCUGUUUCUGCCCUGAGGGUACCAUCUUGUUCAACACAUUCUCUGACACCUGUGUUCGUGACUGUGGAUCUACAGGACCUGAUGGAAAACCCAAACAGUUUGGUGAGACUUGGUACAGUAACUGCCAGAAGUGCACGUGUAAUGCUGACACACUGAGUGUCCAGUGUGAACCAGUGAAAUGUCCGCCCCAAGAAAUUGUUACCUGUAAGAAGUACGGUGAGGUGUUGGUCAACGAGACGGUGCACUGCUGUCAGAUAAAUACAUGUGGUGAGUAGAGACAGGAUAGAGAGGCACCUUAACGUGCUACCAGGUAACCUGGGUACAAGUCUGUUUGUGCUAAAUGUUUGGCAUAUGACAAGGAGUGGAA